AUGACGCGUCACAGGUGCACCAGAGACUGGAAUCCGAGCUCUGGGUUCCAGCUGAUUGCAGAUCCAGUCCCAUUUGAAGCAGUGGCCGAUUUGGACUGCUCUGUCUGUGUUCCCCAAGGUCCUGGGAUCCAGAGAAGCCCUCCCUGUUUCGAGAACUUGGUCCCCAUCGCCACACUGGAGCUGCCCACGGUGCUGAGGGAAAGACAAACAUUGUCCUUGAUUGGCCUUGAAGUUCAGCAAGGGAAGAGGCUGCUGAGAUGCGAGUUGGUAAGAAAGAAUCCCCCAAUGCAGCUGCUGCUGCCCACGGACUUGGGCCACUUCCAGGAGGGCCAGGAUGACCAGAUCUACACCAUUGACACCAUCGUGAGGCAGAAGUUACUCACAGGCAGGAAACGCAGGCUCAAGGCGGCGCCAGGGCACAGCCUGAAGACUCUCAGUCCCCGUGUUCCAGAGCACUUCCAUGACCAUCCAGUUCUGCACCCCCAUUUUUUGGGGAUGGCACUUUUGCCCACUCCAGCCCGGCAGCUCAAUCUGUUCCAGCCACCUCGCUCCUGCCUUCAGACCAAGGGAGGUGGCAGCUCCCUGCAUUUGUUAACCUCGCUUCUCGCCUUCCUGAGUGUGUCUCAUCUCCCCAGCGCAGUCCACACCUCGAGUGGUAGCCGCCCUGUCACCGCCCUGAGGUCACCGCGAGCUGGGUGCAGGGGCCGGGGCCGCUGUGAGUGGGGGAUGCGCGUCCCCAGCUCUCACUCUGCGGUGCACCUACUGCCACGCGCCGCAGAGCGCGUGUUCUCUCUUGAACGCGCUCCCCGGAGCCCCUGGGUCCCGAGGAAGAGUGCGGUGUCCACGGCUCCCUGUGUGUCCUUCACUACCACGUGCACUCUAAGCCGACGCGGACAGUGUGGGCUCCAGGGCCCGCGGCUGGGACCGUCCAUGCCGGCAUCUCAGCGAGUUUUCCAGAAGUGUCCGCGCUUUGUGGGACUGGGACAGAAUCCAGACGAAUUCAUGGCCGUGGGGCAAAUCUACAGCACGGAGGUAACCCGAUUCCCACUGAGAAUCAGGAUCACGAGCUUAGUCCCGGCAAAGCUCUUCCCGCGGAAAUGCGGGCAGCUCCUGAAGCUUGGGACCCGGGAAGUGCGCAAGCUCCUGGCCACGGAGCUCUCCAGAGGCAGCGGGCGCCGCUUCCUCAUCCCUGCCACCUACCUGUGCCUGGCGCCCUGCGGAGGCCGGUAUUUCCGCCCGGUUUCCGACAUCGCCACGGCCGUGCAGCGGGCACAGGUCCAGUUCCGGGUGCGCGAGAACCAUCCGUCUCCCACAGAGCAGUUUGCGUCAUUCACAGCCAGCGAAUGCUUCCUGGAGCUGCAGAACAGUGUGGUCGCUGCUCACAUCCACGGUGAGCUGCACAGGGUGCCCGUCCUCAAGGGCUACAGUACUGUCACCAACACCCUCGUCUCGCGUCCUCUGUUUGCACAAGGAGACUUCCUGCUGGUCAUGGACCCUCAGACGGCCGGAGUCAAAACCAGAGAGAAUGCAGUUACCUAUUUCCUUCACUCUUGGACUUGA